CUUCAUUGAUGCCGCUUAUUUCUUUACAAAAAUGUCUCUCUCCGUCGCCGCAGAUUUAGAACUUCCGGCAUCGAUUGAUUGAUGAUCGGGAGAAGAAUUGAUGAAGGGCAAGACAAAUUUGUCAGAUUGUUUUACUGUUAAUAUAUAUAUUUUUUCAUUUUUCAAGCGUUUUUUGUGUGCAUAUACUGUAGAGGGAUUGUGUAGUUGAGAAGUAUGUAUAUUAUUUUUUUGUCUAUAUUAGUGUGAAAUACAUCAUAAAUCAGUAGAAAAAAAAAAGGAGAUAGAAGGAUCUCAGUGGAAGUAGGGUAGUAGGAAGGCCAAUUUUGCUAUUUUGUUUGAUAAGGUGGUAGUUGUUGUUGGUGUGAAAAAUCUGUAGUUGGUAUUUCAGUUUAGUCCAGUGAACAAGUUAAUGGAAUCUUGUUAGUUUGCCGUAGGGACUGUAGGGGAGUUAUUGCAUGUUCAUGUACUGGUGACGUCUGAAUGGUUUAUUGAACUGCCAAGAUACGGGGUAUAUGCAGCUAGAUUCAUCCAAAGGUUUAGCUCAAACUAUGAUCACUGGGGUGCCUGACCCUUCUGGUCAAUGGAUCCAGCAAGAAUCAUCUCAGCCAGUUAUCUUGAGUGAUGGCAUAUCUUUACACAAUAAUGUAAAUAACCGUGUACCUGUUCAGACUGGUGAGGUCUUUUCUAUGGAAUUUCUUCAGGAUCCUUCUUCAAGAAUAAUUCCUACUCUGUCUGGGUUUACUGAAAAGCAUGAUAAGAGAGCUUUACCUCAAAGUAAGCAAAGUCAAUAUCCGGGUUAUGAAGAUCUCACAAGACUUCUUGGGUUGACUAGAAUGGAUUCUGAAUGUGCUUCUGACAUAACUGAAUAUGCUUCUGCAAGAGGGUCUAGUACCGAAAUUGAAAAUGGUAUUUAUGUAGAGAAUGAGCUUACAUUUAAUCAGAAAGUUGGAUCUUGUGGGCAUGUCCAUGGGGGAGCUACUACAGAUUUAUUCUAUAAUCAAGCUACUUCAGGGUCAAGUGCUCCGCUUUUAACUAAAUCUGAAUCUUCACUGUCAUUAAAAUCUUCUGGAUUAGGAACUUCAGACUGUUCUCAGACAGGAAAAAUAAAAUUCCUGUGCAGUUUUGGUGGUAGAAUACUGCCUCGACCUAGUGAUGGAAAACUCAGAUAUGUUGGUGGAGAUACACGUAUCAUUUCCAUAGAGAAGAGUAUUUCAUGGGAUGAACUUAUGAAGAAAACAUUAGCCAUCUGUAACCAGCCUCACACUUUCAAAUACCAGCUUCCAGGAGAGGAUCUUGACGCUCUUAUAUCCGUCUCUUCUGAUGAAGAUCUUCAGAAUAUGAUAGAGGAAUAUUAUGGACUCGAGAAGCUUGGGGGUUCCCAAAGGCUCCGAAUAUUUUUGGUUCCCUUGACUGAAUCUGAAAACUCAUACCCUGAAGAUGCUUCUACUGUUCAACCGAGUGACCCUGAUUAUCAAUAUGUUGUUGCUGUUAAUGGCAUUGUUCAAGUGGAUUCUUCUGCUAAGGAGAAUUAUUAUGAGCAGUGUGUGCGAGAUGAAGCCAGCAAGGUGAUACCUAAAGUGGACUGCAGUAAUGGUAUUUAUGUCCCACCUCCUUCUCAAUUGGUUGGUGAAUCUCAGAGUCAGGUUAAGUCUCCCAAUCAAUCUACUUCUCUUUCUCCUGUGUUUAUUCAACAGGGAGAUUGCAAGAACGACUCAAGGAAUGCAUACACAAACAAGUUGCCACAUGGUAAUGACGCAUGUCCAGUGUCGGUUAGCAGCACCCAAUCAUUACCUGAAAACCCGAAUGGAUGUACUAAUAUUGGUUAUUAUGCCCCGCAAAUGAACCUGAUAAAUUUGCAGAGUCCAAACAAAAAAGAUGAUAUCCCUCAGCCAAGCCAAUCGAGUGAAUUGCUUUCACAUCACUAUGGUCUCAGCAGAGACUUUGUUGCUCCAACAUCAGAACAAUCUGAUGGAAGCUGUCAACAGUACUCCUUUGAAAGAACAGAACCCAAGGAAAGGACUGUUCACUCUGAAAAGCGGAAUGAUGAAAUGGAUGUAUUACUGGGAUACACUUCCACUGUUACUCUAAAUGGAAUUCCCCAUGCCUUUUCGGAUUCAAAACUUCAGGAACAUGGAAAAAGAUCAGCUUACUGCUCACAAGAGGGAAUAAGCUCAUUUUCCUCUUUGAACUUUUUACCAGCUCAGUUAUCUUCACACGGUGUGUCUGCUGCUCUGCAAGAAAACCUAGGGUCUCUGCAUCAGAAUACAUACCCAGUCAGUUCUCAGCAUCAUAUUAGGGUACUUAAUGGGGAAUCAACUGUGGCCACUGACUUGAUGGAUUUUCCAAAGUUGCCUUUUGACUCAAAUUCAGUGAGUAAAUGUGGGCCCGUGCAAAUAAAUAUUAAUGGAACAGACACUAGAUGCAACGGAGCUAAAGCAAAGUUGGAAAAUUACCAUCCUGGUUCGAAAAACUUUAUGGAGAAAAAUUUAAAUUGUGAGAUGGUGAAUGCAUGUGAUACCAAUAAUGCACUUCUCUAUCAUGAGGGUAAAUUUCCUGAUAACAAGUCAUCCAAAACAGCUGUGGGUUCAGAGAAAAAACUACCUGAUGUUAACUCUGCUAUGAUGUCUAAUAAUGGAGGUGAUAUACCUGGUGAAGAAACACAAUUUUUUGACAUGAACAUCCUUGCAUCAACACCUUUAAUUAAUACAGUAAAUGAGCGGUCCCAAAGAAAUCAAUUUGAGUAUGCCUCAGGGGGGAUAAAAAAGGCUGAACCUGAGAACAAUACAUCCUGGGUGAAGAGUUCUGAAGUUGCUGGGAGGAUUUCUAAUUCUGAAACACAGUCUCAUGGUGCAGAAACUCUGAGUGAUCUACUCCCUGAGUUGUCUGAUGGCCUGAUUUCCCACCAUUCCCCCAUGCCAGCAGUUGCUGCAUGUCCUCAAGAUACUUUUGCCAAAGAACCCUUGCUAAUAUUCUCUGAGGAAUUGUCACCAUCAUCAGUUGUUGAUGAUGGAGGCCAGUUGGUGUCCUUGCAUUACUCAGCUUUCAGGCAAAACCCAACCAAGGAUGCUGUUUUUAGGAGAGAAGUUUCUCUAAUUGAUGAAGAAUUUACUAGUUACAGUGACCAGAAAGUUGUGACUUCUGGUGUUGGUGAAUUUUCUAGUGAAAAGCAAAAGAUAGAAGAUGCUCCAGUUAGUAGGAGUAUCAAGGAAAGUCAGCAGGUUCUGAAAGCAAAUGGAAGAGAUGUUAGAUCACCCAGUGGUGACUUAUAUGCUGCAAGUCUCCUAGAUUUGGAUACCAUCGGUGGUGAAGUCAUAUCUCCUAGUGCAGCAGAAGGGGCGGCAUUUGCUCCUGACUUGGGGUUGGAGGAUGCCAACCCCCCCGACGGAGAUAAGGAUAAUUUAAUUUCUGAUGCUAUGAUAGCUGAACUGGAAGCUGAUUUGUAUGGAUUGCAGAUCAUAAAAAAUGCUGACCUUGAAGAAUUGAGGGAGUUGGGCUCUGGGACGUAUGGUACUGUUUAUCAUGGAAAAUGGAGAGGAACAGAUGUUGCUAUAAAGAGAAUUAAGCGGGCAUGUUUUUCUGGGAGAUCAUCACAGGAAGAAAGGCUGAUCAAGGACUUCUGGAGAGAGGCACAGAUCCUUUCAAACCUUCAUCAUCCUAACGUGCUUGCAUUUUAUGGAGUGGUACCUGAUGGGGCUGGGGGAACUUUGGCAACUGUGACUGAAUUCAUGACUAAUGGAUCACUUCGAAACGUUCUUAUUAAAAAGGACAGGUCACUUGAUAGUUAUAAGAAACUUCUUAUUGCCAUGGAUGCAGCUUUUGGGAUGGAGUAUUUGCACUCGAAAAACAUUGUCCACUUUGAUCUGAAAUGUGACAAUUUGUUAGUCAGUCUGAGGGAUCCACAACGGCCCAUAUGCAAGGUUGGAGAUUUUGGACUGUCUAGGAUUAAACGCAAUACUCUCGUAUCUGGAGGUGUAAGAGGUACUCUUCCCUGGAUGGCACCUGAACUGUUAAAUGGUAGCAGUAACCGAGUAUCUGAGAAGGUUGAUGUUUUUUCAUUUGGCAUAACAAUGUGGGAGAUUUUGACUGGGGAAGAACCCUAUGCAAACAUGCAUUGUGGGGCAAUCAUUGGGGGGAUUUUGAAGAAUACUCUUCGGCCUCCAAUGCCAGAAAGGUGUGAUCCCGAGUGGAGGAAGCUGAUGGAACAAUGCUGGUCUGCUGAUCCUGAAGCUCGGCCAUCAUUCACGGAGAUUAGAAACAGGUUGAGGUCUAUGUCUGAUGUACUCGAGGCAAAAGGUAAUAUCAGUUCAGCAGGACGUGCCAAUGCAAACAUCCCCGUGUAAGUCAUCAGGAGAUGCUUUUAGCAUUUGGAAAUAGUUGUUUUCUUUAUUUGCUAAUAGAGAGAGCACUCUGGUUCUCUCUGUCAUAUUAUGUGAUUAUAAGUUUUGUAUCAUUUUAUUAAUUCUUUAUAAUGGAACCCUUAGAAAUUAGAAUUAGGUGUAAACUGUGAUGAGGUUACUGAGUUUGAAUUUUCUUGGAAAACAGGUGUAUAUAUAGACGUAUACACAAGGAAAAUAUUGUUUCUUUUUGUUCAUGUCCCAGACUGGGAAUCUAUAUAUAUAUGUCAAUAUUCAAAGAAAAAAUGAUAAAUAAUAAAA